AUGCUUUUAUCGCCGCUCUAUCUCGCUUUGUCUCGCGCCGUGGACUGCCGCACCGCAUCAUCAGUGAUUGUGGAACCAAUUUCGUCGGAGCCAAAAGCCAAUCGCCUUCUUCGCGAAUGCAUACACUUUUUAAAUGAAAAUCAAGACACGCUUGUUACCGCUGCUGCAUCGCUUUCUAUUGAAUGGACUUUCAAUCCUGCGUACGCUCCACACUUUGGUGGACUCCACGAAGCUUGCGUUCAUUCUGCCAAGAAGCUGUUAGUACGUCAAGUGGGUGAUACCAUACUUACCAUCGAAGAAUUCUCUACCCUCCUUCAUCGCAUUGAAGCUGUUCUCAACAGCCGACCGCUCAUUGCUCCCAGCAAUGACCCAAUCGAUGGAGUGGACUAUCUCACGCCAGGCCACUUCUUGAUUGGCACCGCUUUGACUUCAUUGCCCGAGCCACCCUCAGAUAAUAGCAUGAGUUCUCCUACACGAUGGCGUUUGGUACAGCAAAUGUCCUACAACUUUUGGGAACAGUGGUCCAAAGACUACUUGAAUACUCUAAUGCAACGGAACAAAUGGAAACGUCCACAGCCCAACCUUACCGUUGGACAACUUGUUUACGUUCGCAACUUGAACACUUCGCCUCUCACUUGGCCCGUUGGUCUUAUAACCGCCCUUCAUCCUGGAACGGACGGUGUAAUUCGCGUCGUCGAUGUGAAGAUUGGUGGUAAAAAUUUUACCCGAGCGGUUACCACGCUGGUUCCGCUACCUUAG